UGAAGGAAUGAUGCAGGAUUAUCCGGUGCUAUGGUUCUGGAAUCGACUUCCACACAGCUUGUUUAGCAACUUGAAAAACUUGACAGUGACAAUGUGUGGUUUUGUGAAAUUGAUCCCUUUCCAUGUGCUAAGAUCCUUAAACCACUUGGAAGAUCUGGUGGUGCGUGAUUGUUACAUUUUGGAGGUGAUAUUUGAUCUUGAAGAGUUAAAUGAUUACAAUGGAGAGAUUCAGCCAUUAGUGGUUGUGCCAUUGAAAACGCUAAUACUAUUGGAUUUGCCAGAGCUUCAGAAUGUGUGGAGCAAUAAUAAUAAUGCCCCUCAAGGACUUGUUUCCUUUCGAUGUCUACAAGAGGUAAUUGCUUCUAGUUGUGAAAAGUUGAAUAGUAUAUUUCCUGCUUCUAUAGCCAAAGACAUGUCGUGUCUUGAAGAGCUUAAAAUAAAAGAUUGUAGUAUAGAUGUAAUUGUUGCAAAUCAGGAUGGUCAAGCUUCAGAAUCUGUUGUUGAUGAUGAUACAUUAAUUGUGUUCCCUAGGCUGACCUUUCUUUACCUUGAUGAUCUUCCAAAUCUGAGGAAUUUCUAUCCACACAGACACAGAUUAAAAUGGCCAUGCCUUGAGGAGUUAUAUGUUGUUUUUACUGAUUUAGAUUUAUUUGAAAAUGAAGCCUCAAGUUCUUCAUCAGCAAUACAUCAUGAAGAGAUGAAACCUGACUCAAAAUAUCCUCUGCUCUCGCACGAAGAGGAUUUUCCCAAGUUGGAGGUGUUGUAUUUGGAGGGAGAAGAAGCUCGGAUGAUGUUGAAUAUCCAGUUGCCAAAGUCCAAAUUUCCCAAGGUAAAAGAUCUUAAUCUACUUCAGUUUGGUCGCACAACAAAUGCUUAGGGAUUGUUGACAAGUUUUCCAAAUAUUGAGGAGCUUAAUUUGUAUGGUGGCUCUUUUCAUCAAGAGAUAUUCUCAAGUACUAAGGAGUCUCAUCAUCAUAAUUCUCAAUUAUUAUUUGCUUCUCCUUUUGGAAAAUUGCUUCUUAAGCACUUGGGAAAGGCAAAGCACAUAUGGGAUCAGAAUCCUCCAGUACAUCUUCUCCAAGGUCUUCAAGAACUACAUGUUUCUGAGUGUUAUGAUCUGAUAAGUUUAGGACCAUCCUUCAUUUCUUUGGAAAAUCUUACACAUCUUCAUGUGGAAUAUUGCGACGACUUGACCUGUUUGGUGACAUCGUCCACAGCUCGAAGUUUGGUCCAUCUUACAAAGCUCACUGUGUCACACUGUGAUCGAAUAGAAGAAAUUAUAAUAAAGCUGCAAGGAGAGGACGACGAGGACGAGCUUGUCAAUUUUGGAAAAUUGGAGUGUUUGGAACUUGUUGGAUUAUCUUGCUUGAAGAGCUUCUGUUCCCAUGAUUUUUAUACCUUCGAGUUUCCAUCAUUGGAUCAAUUAAUUAUAAGACACUGUCCUUCACUCCAAAUAUUCUGUCCAGGAGACAUAUACACACCUGUUCUUCAAGCUGUUCAAGUGACAGAGAAUAUAAGAUUUUGGGACACCAAUGUUAACAACACAAUCCGGCAGAUGCCUAAGGUGGUUCCCGAGCAAUCUUCAGUUGCUCUUGAUCGAAAUCUUUUUCGCAUAAGAUUUGGAAGAAUACAUGGAAGAAUGAGUUCAUCAUCCAUCUCAUCUUUGUUGCUAUAACUAGGAUUUGUGUUUACCCAUUUGAGAUAUUCAUACUAGCUUGCUGACUGGCCACCAACUUGACUUGAUUUGUGUUAUAAUGAAUCUGGAUAUAGGGAAAUUAGAGUUGAAUCCCACUGUGUGUGAGAACUCGAAAUUUAUUG